AUGCUGUCCUGUACGGAUUUGACACAACUUGUAACUUCUCAUAAAAACUCUUUUAUUGGUGUGUUGAUCCGUUUUCUGAUUGUUGGUAUUGUUGCACUGGUGACUGUUAUCAUUCAAUACAGUCUCUUCAUUCUGUGCCAUCUCCUACGCCCGAUUAUUGGAAAGAGAGGAGUUCAAUAUGGGUUGUCAUUCCUCAUGGGAACCUACCUCCGCUUUGUCCGUUUCUUUAUUUCGGAUUUUAAAGUGAUUCUUACAGGAGAUGUGGAUAUGAUUGAGAAGACAACGUUCAACCGAUGUGUCUACAUUCAAAACCACCAAACGGAGUUGGAUUGGCUGUUUAUGUGCUACUUUCUUCAAAUGUUCGAUCGAGAGAACGACUUCUCUGCCAUCAUGAAGAGCAGCAUUUCCAAAGUUCCUGCGUUUGGCCCCAUCGUCCAGGAGCUCAAUAUGUGUCUCUUGGACCGCGAUUGGAAGCGGGACCAGAAGAACUUCGCCCAGUUCCUCGAGCAAUUCGAGCACCACCCUCGUCCGGUGUGCGUUUUCCUCUGUCCUGAAGGCACCACAAUCACGCAAGCAUCGCUCGACCGCUCGCAGCAAUUCGCAAGACGCGCCGGCCGUCCGGUCUUCGACCACGUCCUGCUGCCUCGCUCGACCGGGCUCGCGUUCAUCAUCCAGCAAAUCCGCGAGUGGGAGAAGGAAAGCGGAGAGACGGUCUACCUGUACGACACGACGAUGCAGUUCGAAGGCUUCACCGGCGAAGUGAGCGGCGAUCACUACGAGCGCGUGGUGGAUGUGAACUUUCCCGACUUGGAUAACUGCUUUUUCUGGCGAGUGCCGGUGCAGUGCCACAUGCAUGUGAAGGUGGUUCCGCUUACGAAGAUCGUGAGCGAGGAGGCGACGAGUUUGGAGGCGAUCUCGAAGGAGGUGCAGGACUGGCUGGACGCGUCGUGGACGGAGAAGGAGAAGCAGAUGAAGUACUUCGCGAAGCAUCAGACGUUCGAUGAAUCGUGGAAUGCGAAUCGAGUGAGCGAUGGAGAGAGAAAUGAGGGAUAG